AUGUAUUCACAUAUUUUUAAGCCAAAACGAAGAAAAUUGUACACUCCUCUAUCUCCUUCAGAAGAAAUUCCUUCACAAGAAAACUCAUUCAAAAAUCAAGAUUCCAAGGAAGAUAAAAAUAACCCAAUGCAGAAUAUUUCACAAAAUUCAAGAAUUUUGGGUGAAAAGAAGGAUGAUCAAUUUAUUGACAGUGAAGAGUUGGAAAAAAAUGAAAAAACUCAAGUUUCUAUUUUAGAGAUUGACUCUGAAAGUUCUGUAAAAGAAGAUGAAGAAGAAAUGAAAUUAAAAGAGAAACUUAAAGUUAUUGAAGAACAUAAAAUUGAUGAAGAGAAUGCAAUGAAAAUUUGGAGCGGAUCGAAAGUAUUAUUUUCAAUGCAACCAAACUCUUCUGUUUGUGAUUUACAUUCUGCUAAAAUUCGAUUCAAUUCUGUAGUGAAAGCUAAUGAAAACGUUCCUCUUGUGCGAAGCGAAAAUAUUUUUGUGAACAAUACCACAAAAGCAAAUUUUGAAUGUGAAGUAAAACACAAAUCUCAGGAAGAUUUCCAGGAUGAAUCAACAAAAUUUGUGGAGAAAGAAAAAAAAUCAGAAAAAAAAGUUUUGAAUCGUGAAUUGUUGAUAAGUUCAGUAAAUUUGAAUACAAAAACACUUUUAGACGAAAUAUUUGAAAGACACGUAAACUCUGUCACUUCAUAUCAAGUCGUAACAAAUCAUAAUGAUGAAGAUUUUAUCUCCCAACAAAUGUCUCAACAAACUGUUGCUGAUGUUCCACAACUGAAACAUUUAACGCCAAAUGAAGAAAAUAAAAAUCGCGAAUUCUCAUUAGAAGAAAUAUUCCGUCCUUUAAGCGAUGAAGAUAUUUAUGAAGAUGAUGAAAACAGCAGAAAAUUUCAUCAAAAAUAUCAUGAUAUCAAAGUUUCUUCUUUAAGUGGGUCGUCGAAGAAAAUACAGAAGCAACAAGAUGUUGGUCUACCAGAGUACAAUAAAAUUCUUUCUCAAAUUUUGCUAUCUAAACAGUCUUUUCAAGAACCAACUACAAAGAAAGAUUACUCGAGUAUCUUCCAAAAAUUGUUUGACAAGGAAAAUAUUCCACUUGAUUCCGUUAUGGAAGCUCAGCAAAGAAAAAAUAUUUCCCUUAGAAAUGAAUUGAAAGUUUCUGCUGAACAGCCUUCGUCAAUAUCAAAGGCCACAUUUUCUACAUUAGCCUUAAACGGAUUAGAUACGAUGAAUAAUAAAUUUAAAAAUGAUCUGGAAAAUAAGAAGGAAAAACCAUGCAGAACUUCGAAGUUACUUCAAAAGUCAAUGUACGAAUAUGCUGUAGCCGGAACAUCGAAAUCUAAAUUGCAAGUCAAAUCUAAUGCGAAAAACAAAUUGAGGAACACAAAUCUCGACGAAAGCUUUAAAGAUGAAGUGAGGAAGACGCCUUUUGAAACUUUACAAAACAACACGAGAGUCACUUCGUAUCUUGUUGACUUCUGUCGAAGUAAAUUUGCUGAUUAA